CGACCGGUAAAGUCAUAAUUAGGCGUGUGAAGCAUUUAGGGAAGUUGUGUGUUGUUAUUUUUUCUGAUGACUUUUUAGUGUUUACCUAAAGUCAUUGUUGAAUUGACAACAACGUCAUAAUGUCGAAUCCUGCUCUGCUCAUCGUGUAUGGGAGUCAGACAGGUACAGCCCAGGACAUUGCCCAAAGAAUAGCACGGCAGGCAAAGAGAAGAUGGCUAAAGGUUCGAGUGUUGCCUCUGGAUGACUACAAUGUGGCCAACCUGAUCUCAGAGUCUCUGGUUGUCUUUGUAUGUGCCACCACUGGACAGGGAGACCCCCCUGACAAUAUGAAGAAUUUCUGGAGGUUUCUCUUUAAGAAGUCCUUACCCGCUGGCUCUCUGAGCCAGCUGGACUGUGCUGUCCUCGGCCUGGGCGACUCUUCUUAUCCAAAGUUUAAUUUCGUGGCAAAGAAGCUUCAUAAGCGUCUUCUGCAGCUGGGAGCCAAUUCUCUAGUUCCUGUGGGGCUGGCAGAUGAUCAACACGACCUGGGGCAGGAUGCAGUGAUCGACCCAUGGCUGACAACAUUUUGGGAGACUUUGCUGACUCUUUACCCCUCUGUGGCUGAGGUGGCCCCACUGAGAGAGGACCAGCCACUCCCUUCAACAUACAACUUCCUGUUCCUAAACGAUAAGAGAGAAAAGACAGAUGAUAGGCUGAGGAUCAACCCCGAGCAAACCCUCUCUUCCCCUCUGAAUCCCUUUCCUGCCCGAAUGGUGUUUAAUAGGAGAGUAACAGACCUAUCGCACUUCCAAGAUGUGAGACUUAUCGAGUUUGACAUCACUGGAUCUAAUAUCGAGUUUGAAGCUGGAGACGUGGUGAUGAUGCGUCCCCGGAACGCGGAAGAGGACGUGCAGCAGUUCUGCGAGCUGCUCAGACUGGACCCGGAGGCCAGCUUCACUCUGAGGGCCACAGACGCCGCUGCAGUUCCGGCCGGGCUCCCUCAGCCCUGCACGGUGCGCCACCUGGUGGAGAGCCACCUGGACAUCGCCGCCGUGCCCCGCCGCUCCUUCUUCGAGCUGCUGGCCCAGUUCGCUAGCAACGAGCUGGAGCGGGAGAAGCUGGCCGAGUUCAGCUCGGCCGCCGGGCAGGACGACCUGCACGGCUACUGCAACCGCCCCCGCCGCACCGCCCUGGAGGUUUUGGCGGAUUUCCCACACACCACCGCGGAGCUCCACGUGGACUAUCUCCUGGACCUUUUCCCGGAGAUCCAGCCUCGCUCGUUCUCCAUCGCCUCCUCUCUCAAAGCUCACCCACAGAGGCUUCAGAUCCUAGUGGCCGUGGUCCAGUACAAAACUAAAAUGUUUAAACCAAGAAGAGGCCUCUGCUCCACCUGGUUAGCCUCAUUGGACCCCACACAAGGGGAGAUCUAUGUUCCCCUGUGGGUGAAGAAGGGCAGUCUGAGGUUCCCCAGAGAUAAGGAGAUCCCCGUGAUAAUGGUGGGGCCUGGAACCGGAGUGGCUCCCUUUAGGUCGGCUGUACAGGAGAGGAUAGCCGAGGGAAAAACAGCCAACGUCCUGUUCUUCGGCUGCCGCUCGGAGUCCAAAGACUUCUUCUUCCGGUCGGAGUGGGAGUCGCUGAGGAAGGCCGAACAGCUGCAACUCUUCACCGCUUUUUCCCGAGACCAGGAGGAAAAGGUGUACGUGCAGCACCGCGUGAGGCAGAACGGCGCCCUCUUGUGGGACCUGAUCGCCAAAAGAGGCGCCUGGUUUUACAUCGCUGGCAACGCCAAAGAGAUGCCGGCCAGCGUGUGUGACGCUCUGAAGGACGUGUUCCAGCAGGAAGGAGGGGCGUCCGUCCAAGAGGCCGAGCAGAUGCUGGCGGCCAUGGAGAAGACUGGCCGGCUUCAAACCGAGACCUGGUCCUGA